GGAAUGGGAUCUAGGAAUGCAUUAGAAUAUUGCAUUUAUGUUUUCUUAAUACGUGCACUUGCACAACAAAUUUAGUUUUCUUUGGAUUUUUUAAUUAUUGAAUCAAACAUAAUUGUUUAUUUCGAAAUAACCGUUUCCUCAUUUAUUAAAAGCUCUGAGUUUUAAAAUCAUUAUUAUUUUUAAUUUAUUUAAAUCAGCAUACUAGUUAAGAUAUUUGGCAGACCUUACGAAUCUUUGCAGUUUUUAAAGAGAAAAGGACGAACCUAACCCUUAGUGGUUUGGGGGCGUUACAUAUCUCCACCUUGAGCCAAGAUCAUAUGUCCAUUGCUGCCUACUAUAACAUUAUCAAAUUAUACUGGGAUGAGUUGAAUACACUCACCACCAUCCCAAAUUGCUCUUGUGGUGCCUUGCGAGAACUCACUCACAUGCAUCCAUUCGCAGCCAGAUCCUUGCCAUGGAUCCUCUUCCCAACGUUGGCAAAGUUUAUUCCAUUAUCCACCAAGAAGAGAAACAGAGGUUGCUUCACCUCCCUACACUCAACUCUGAUUCUGUGGUUAUGGCAGCAAACCGAAACUUCUCACACUCUCGUCCAAAUGAACCACGAGGAAGAGGACGUGGUAGGCCAAAAUGUGAUCACUGUGGCGCUCUUGGACAUUGGAAAGACGCUUGCUAUAAGCUAGUAGGCUAUCCACCCAACUGGGAUCAUUCUCGCAGCAAUCAGAAAUUCAGUCAAAAUAAAGGAUCCUCUCCCCAUGUUGCUCACCAUGUCUCUACCAAUCCAGGAACAUCUCAUACUAAUGAAAGUUCGAUACCAGGACUAUCUGCUGAGCAAUACCGCCAAUUGAUGGACCUUCUCUCGCCAAAUCAUUCAGCCAAUCUUGCUGGACCUUGCCACGAGGAAGCUGAUUGGAAUGGGUGAACUUCGUGAUGGGCUAUACUACUACAAGGCAACAACACCACCACCUUUUCCUGCAACUCCAUCCGCCAUGCAUUCCCAAAAAAAACCUUGCUUCUAUUUGUGGCACCAACGUCUUGGGCAUCCAUCUCCAUCCGGCAUGAAUAAAGUCAUUUCCAUUUCUAAUCCUUGUUUUCACUGUGAU